AAAAUAUAGCACACCAAACCAAAAAUAAUAAUUUUAACAUUAGCGAAAUAUGUUUAAAACCUUUAUAGAACAAGUUAGAAAAUCAAUACAUUAUUUUAAAACAACAACAACAAUAACAACAACUAACCCACACACAUAGAAAUUAGCAUCAUUGAAGAAAUAUAGAAAAUAGACGCAGAUCCACAAACAUAAAUUAAAACCAUUCAUUACCCCCACAGUAUCUGCUGUCGUCGAUAUCAUGAAUGAAAGGUUUUUAAUCAAUAAUAUAAAUAUUUAGCAUAUGUUUAUCAAAUGCACAGCGAACCUAUUAAAAGAGAUUUUAUACUAUUUACAAGUAAUAAUAAUAAACACCAAUCCAAUCAUGAACUAUUGCUCAAUAAUAAUAAUAAUAAUAAUAAUAAUAAAAAUAAUCUCAAAUUAAUAUCAAUAACUAUUGUGGAAAUGUAAAUUAAAACCUCUGCAUAUUGCAACUUAUUCUCACAUCUUUAAUUAAAUAAAAAUAUACAGGAUAAAGAAUAAAUCAAACUAACAAACACAAUUUAAUAAUGUAGAUGGUGUCUAAAUAGUUAAAGGUGAAUAUUAGAAUAUGACCUACCCGAAAUCUUUUCAGUAUUAGGUUCUGAAGCAUCAUCAAAACAACAUUUUAGUAAUUAAUCAAAUAAUUCAAAAAAACAAUCAAAUAUAUAUUUAAAUAUCGAAAUAAAUAAAUUUAAUAAUAGAGCACAAUAUUUAAACACUACAAUUUUAGUCAUCAAUAUAAAAAAAAUAAUAGUAUUAAUUCGGUAAAUCAAUAAUCAGCCUCAGUUAUUAGAAGCCUUUAAGAAAGCUAAUAUU